AUGAUGGAAACCUCUUCGCCGCUGGGUGCUAUGCACCAGCUGCACAACCUCCACUAUGGCUGCAAAAUAGAGGGCCCGGGUGCUUUCGUCUCGAGGUUGCAUUCCACCUCGACCUUUGGUCCCGAAGCCUUCAAUUUCCGAGAUCUAGCCAUGAAGAGAUCGACCAAUAUGGACUACUUCAACAUGCCUAAGCCUGUACGAGGUUCUUCACCCACAGCCAGCCUUGCUGCCGAUCUUUCGCAGAACAUGCACAUCGACCAGAGUCCGGACGUCCCUCCGACUCCACGUCGUGCAUUGUUCGCCGGCAACAUCUUUCAAGCUCGCGAUAAGUGUUUCGCCACGACCCCUCCUGUCGCCUCUUCACCCGGCAUUGUUGAUGGUAUGGACAUGGACAUGUCUCCUCUACCCCACAAGGUCCCGUACGGAACAUUAGACAUCCAGUUGCAGUUGCAAUCACCUACGCCGGAUGAAAGCCCGACCGAGUCAUCGAUGCUCUCUCCACCCACAUCGGCGCCUCUGUCAUCGGAGCUUCUCUCCCCUUUGAUGAUGGAGAAGAAGAAGCCGACGCCCCGCCGGCCAUCAUUGACACGUACGAAGGGCCUGAGUACUGGAUCCAUUCCCCAGGCGCCUAACCCAGAGUGCCAGCUGCCGCCCUUCAGAUUUGGCAACUACCAAGCAACAAAGUCCAGCUUAACCUUGGAGCAGAUCUGGGAGUCCUCGCCUCCACAAAAGCCUUCUCCAGUCCAGUCUCUGAUGCGUCCGCGACAGUCCUUCCUCGGAGCUCGUGGCGGCGGCUCACCUCUCGCCGCUCAUACGCGAAAGGUCUCGACAUCUAAUCCUAUCCAGAGACCUCGAAAGCUCACUCGACGCUCAUUGAGCAUGUUCGAGAAUCCAGGUGAUGUCAUGAAGCAAGACCAAGAGACUGAGCCAUCACUACCACCUAUUGUGGACAUUGAGUCGCAACAUCACGUUCUGCAGCUACCACAUUUCCAAUCUGACCAAGCUGGUGAUCUUCCCCGGAUAACCAAAGACACCAUGAUAGACGUGUUGGACGGUCGCUACAACCACAUGUACGAGAAGCGGGUGAUCAUAGAUUGUCGUUUCGAGUACGAGUACCAUGGAGGCCAUAUCGAUGGUGCCGUCAACUUCAACGAUCGAGAAAAGCUGGCCACCCAACUCCUUGACGUGGAGCCUACUUCCAAUGCCUUGCUCAUCUUCCAUUGCGAGUACUCAGCUCAUCGUGCUCCUCUCACUGCCAAGUUCAUUCGGAAUAGAGAUCGUACAGUCAACGCUGAUCGCUAUCCAGCUUUGACAUAUCCUGAAGUCUAUAUCCUUGACGGAGGCUACAGCUCUUUUUUCAAAGAUCAUCAGUCACGAUGUUUCCCUCAGAACUACGUUGAGAUGGAUGCAAAGGAGCAUGAGCUGGCUUGCGAGCGGGGUUUGGGCAAGGUCAAGCAGCGAGCUAAGCUGAUGCGCGCUCAGACUUUUGCAUUUGGCCAACAUUCACCGUCAGUCGACUCAAGUCCCACGGCUAUGGGUCGCAGUCGCAUUGACUCAGACGAUAUGGACAUAAGUCUCGACUACACCCCGGCACCAGCAGGUCGCCCUACACUUGAUCAUCUGCGCCGUGGUGGCACUUUACGACAGGCCUCCUACUAG